AUGGCUAGAAUAGUCAAGCCCCUGGGCGGCCAGCCCCUGGGCGGCCAGCCCUUGGACGGCCAGCCCCUGGACGGCCAGCCCCUGGACGGCCAGCCCCUGGGCGGCCAGCCCCUGGGCGGCCAGCCCCUGGACGGCCAGCCCCUGGGUGGCCAGCCCCUGGGCGGCCAGCCCUUGGACGGCCAGCCCCUGGGCGGCCAGCCCCUGGGCGGCCAGCCCCUGGGCGGCCAGCCCCUGGGCGGCCAGCCCUUGGACGGCCAGCCCCUGGGCGGCCAGCCCCUGGACGGCCAGCCCCUGGGCGGCCAGCCCCUAGACGGCCAGCCCCUGGGCGGCCAGCCCCUGGACGGCCAGCCCCUGGACGGCCAGCCCCUGGACGGCCAGCCCCUGGACGGCCAGCCCCUGGGUGGCCAGCCCCUGGGCGGCCAGCCCCUGGGCGGCCAGCCCCUGGGCGGCCAGCCCUUGGACGGCCAGCCCCUGGGCGGCCAGCCCCUGGGCGGCCAGCCCCUGGACGGCCAGCCCCUGGACGGCCAGCCCCUGGGCGGCCAGCCCUUGGACGGCCAGCCCCUGGGCGGCCAGCCCCUGGACGGCCAGCCCCUGGGCGGCCAGGCCCUGGGCGACCAGCCCCUGGGCGACCAGCCCCUGGGCGGCCAGCCCUUGGACGGCCACCCCUGGACGGCCAGCCCCUGGGCGGCCAGCCCCUGGACGGCCAGCCCCUGGACGGCCAGCCCCUGGACGGCCAGCCCCUGGACGGCCAGCCCCUGGGCGGCCAGCCCCUGGACGGCCAGCCCCUGGGCGGCCAGCCCCUGGACGGCCAGCCCCUGGGCGGCCAGCCCCUGGGCGGCCAGCCCCUGGGCGGCCAGCCCUUGGACGGCCAGCCCAUGGGCGGCCAGCCCCUGGACGGCCAGAUGUGGCAUGUUGCUUCGGAUCUACCUUGAGAAUGUUUUCAUGCGGGGCUGGACCAAAGAACUUCUCUGUGGACGGUAG